CGAGUCACCUGAUGACGGGGUCGGUGGCUGUAUAAAGGGCACUUUUGGUGUUAACUUGUGCAGUUGUGCUCUAACAUGGCUAAAGCAGUAAUUUGUGCGCUUCUUGCAUCUCUGUUUGCCUGCUCUAGAUCUGCACCAGUGGGUUUUCACGGGGGUUCAGAUGCUCACUGCCCUUUGACAGUGAAGAUCCUGGAUGCUGUGAAAGGGACUCCAGCUGGAAACAUAGCUCUGGAUGUCUAUCGCCAAGAACAAGGUGGGACAUGGGAAAAGAUUGCCAGUGGAAAAGUGGAUAUAACUGGUGAGGUGCACAACUUGAUCACCGAGCAGGAGUUCACUCCCGGCGUGUAUCGGGUGGAGUUUGACACUAAAUCCUACUGGAAGGCAGAAGGUCGAACACCUUUCCACCAGCUGGCCGAUGUGGUGUUUGAGGCUCAUGCCGAGGGGCAUCGUCAUUACACUCUGGCUCUUCUUCUGAGCCCCUUCUCUUACACCACAACAGCUGUGGUGGUCAAGGCACACGAGUGACCGCACGCAACAGAUCUACAUCCACAAUCUACACUGAGAAAUGACCUUUCAUCCAAGGUCCAAGAUUAAGAAUUUGCCACACCUGCCAAUGCCAGAUUCAUUGCUAAAAAUCACGAAGUCAGUAUCCUGUAAAAAGUGCUUUACAACAUUAUGAUUUUUAAAUGUUUUUGAAUGAAAAGUCUCUUAUGCUCACCAAAGCUGCAUGUAUGUGUUCAAAAUACAUUAAAAGCACUCAUUGUGAA